UACAACUAUAAUAUCUAUAUUUGCUUUUAUUGUAUAUAAAAAGCAUUUAAAAAAUGUCAAUUAUUGGAGUCGAUUGGGCAUAAAAGGACCCAGACCAGUGCCCAUAUUUGGAAAUAUUUUAGCAGUUUUAAGAGCAAAAUAUGACAUAACAUGGUUUAAAAAAUAUGGAAAAUCUGGAAUCUAUGGUCUAUUUGAAUUUGAUACACCAGUGCUUAGUGUAUGCAACUAUCAAAAUGCACACAAAAUACUAGUCAAACAUUUCGAAAGUUUCGAUCGAUUGAAAGUCGAUUAUCCGCAAGAAAUGGUAGAUGUGGUCGGCUUUUUGAAUACCGAUACAACCCGUUGGAAACAUUUACGUACAAAAGCGUUGGUAUUUUUUACAACCCGUCGCAUACGUGCCAUCUAUGACGAUGUUAUWGAUAAAUGUUCGGCUAAUCUGGUCAAACAUUUGGACAAAACUAUCGGCUACGGCCAACCGUUUAAGCUGAAAGCCGAAUGGGCCCGAUACGGUAUGGACAUAUUCCUCGGUUAUGCCUUUACAUUGGACGGCCAUAUGGGUAACUAUACUGAUCCGCGACAACAACAACAAUAUAGGGAACUGGUGGCCUCGGGUAUCCGAUUGGACGAUGAUCUUAAAUGGCGUGAACUAAUUGUACGUUUGCCUGGAUUUAGCCAACGGCUGGCCAGUUGGUAUACGGGUACCGAUUUGAACAAAUCGUUUAAGCAAAUGGAAAAAGUCAUCAGUGCUUAUAUUGUCCAACGAUUAGAUAAUAGGAAAGAGGGCGAGGAUGUCGGGGCCGCUGAUGAUGACGACGGCGACAACAAUCCUAAUAAAUAUGAUGACGAAAAACUAGAUAUUGUCGGACUGUAUUUGAAAUUAAUUAUUGGAAAAGUUAGUUCAUCGGAUCCGAUAGCCAUCCGAGUGAUGACCUACUAUGUGAUCGGAAACUUUUUAGCCCUAUUCGGCAGUACAGCCGACAUACUGACCAACAUAAGCAUGCAUUUGGCCCGUCAUCCGAGUAUACAGAAAAAAUUGUACGCAGAAAUAGUAGAGGCAUUAGAUAAGGGUAAGGAUGGGAAGGAUCAGGACGUAGAGGUGGAAGGGGUUAGACAAUGCAAUCUAUCGUUUGAUCAGCUGACACACUUGCCAUACAUGGACGCUGUGGUCAAAGAAUCGUUGCGUAUAUCGCCCAGUGCUCCGCGAUUUCGGCGGGUAUUUGGCGGCAGUCGGGAUAGUGAGGCGGCAAAAAUUUUGCCCGGUAUCCAAUUGGAGCCGGGUACCCGUAUCGAUAUUCAAAUAUCGGCCAUACAUAUGGACGACGAACUAUUUCCCGAUCCCUACGAAUACAAUCCCGACCGAUUUCUGACCACAAACGCCAAUAACCGAUUGUCCAAUUUGGACGCCAACUCGCUGUUGACAUUUAGUCUCGGACCGCAAAUGUGUUGCGGCGUACGGUUGGCUUUUUUGAUUGUCAAAUCAUUUUUGUCUCAUAUGAUCUACAACUAUCAGUUCAAUGUCAUCGAUAUCGAUGAUCUGAAUCGACCGAAACUGUGCGACGCCCCGAUAUACCCCACAAAAUUCAUGAAUAUCAAUGCUGUUUACAACCUAGAGUUAAAAAGUAGAAUUGACAGGUUGAAUAUUGGGGGUGGGGGUGGGAGGGUUGUUGAGGUAAAGUGUUAG